UCGUUCGAUGAGGUCUUGUUAAUAAUAACGUCUUCUCUUCCCAAUUAUUAGGUCAAAAAUAAAUUUAUGUAAACAUUUGCUUUAUGACAAUUUUAUAUCUCGUUUCAAGAGCAAGUAUCUUUUUCUUUUUCGUGAAGUCGUUUAUUUCUGUUGCACGGAUCGUCCGUGAAAACACGUGUAUUUUUUCCAAAUUUUGUAUUCCAAAUAGACAUUUACGAACAUGGAUCUACUGGAUAUAUCGAAAGUGGACAUGAAGGAGCGACUAGAUUUAAUUAACAGAUAUUAUAGCGAAUUAGACUACGUCGAAUAUGAGAGAUACAAACGAAAUAUAUCAAGUAUAAUACCCACACUAUCGCAUGUUACGCAACCUAAGGGUGACAAUUUUGUGAAAAGAUUUUUAAUGACAAUACAAACGAUUUAUGAUUCAAAUUAUUUUUUCGAAUAUAUGGGUUAUCAUAAAGAUAUAUUUACUAUUAUUUGUGAUGUAUUAUACUAUUAUCCAUCGAAUGCUAAUUGGAAAACUCUUAACGAUAUAUCUGUAAAAAUUCAUCAGCGGAUAAUGAUGAAUAUAAACAGUAUAAGACACUACUUUCACGUAAGAGAAUUAAAAACGUAUUUGAAAUAUAUUUCAAAAUUUUGUUUUUACCUCUUAUAAUCAAUAUUUUCCAUAUUUAUAUAGGUCAGAACAUUGAGAUAAUACUUUUUGAAGAUGCAGACUUGUAUGCAGUUAUCUAUUAUUUAAAACUGUUACAUGAAGUAAAG